AUGCUCAGCACCACCACGAGUACGGCGACUGUCCGAGCAGCCUGGCGUCCCUUCUCCACCACCGCCUUGGUCGGCGCCGCCAGCAGCUCCUCGCGCGACCCGGCUGCAUUCUGGACUUCGGACGAGCGGCUCAUCAAAGCUCUUCGCCGUCGGCAAGAGGCGUACCGGCUGAGUCAGGUCGGCAAUAGCGCACGCAAGACGUCGGACCGCAUCGAAGCUGCACAGCUCGCCAAUGCCGAGGUGCGCUGGCUCGUACAGCACGUCCGAAAGCUGCAGACCGACACCGCCGCUAGCAAAUCGAGCUCUCGUCAGAAUCUGGACAGAGCCUCACGGCGUAGGCUCGUUGCUAUGGCGACGCAGAUGACGCGUGCUAACGUGCCGCUGUCCUACCUGCUCGGCUCGGUCCCCUUUGGCUCGCUGCCCGUCGAGCUCACCGUUCGACCACCCACCCUCCUGCCGCGGCCAGAAACCGAGCACUGGGCAACCCAAGUCGUCGCCGACCUUCUUCGCGCCAUCGAGGCAUCCAGCACCGCAGGAUCCAGCGCUCUUACCCCUAUCCGCAUCGCAGAUCUCUGCACGGGCUCGGGGUGCGUGGCGCUACUCAUCGCUCAUGCGCUACGCAGCAAGCUCGGCGAUGACGCAGACUGGCGCGUUGUGGCGUGCGAUCGGUCGCCGCUAGCUGUUCAGCUUGCCAGGGAGAACGCGACGAAGCUCGGCUUCAGCGAGCACAACGUAUGCACCGUCGAGGCCGACGUGUUUAGCGAUGCGGAUAUGGACGGUCUGGCGAGCAUUGUGGGCGGGCCGUUCGACGUGGUGGUUAGCAAUCCGCCCUACAUCCCGCGCAGGGAGUGGCAGGCGCUGUCGGCCGAAGUCAAGGCGCACGAGGAUCCCGCCGCACUGAUUGGAGAGCGUGACGUCUCUCCCGCUACAUCGGAUCGAGUGACGGGCCAAGACCCUGUACAAGAUGGCCAAGGUGAUGCGCAGCGCAGCUUUGUCAAUCGCACAGGACUGGCAUUCCACCAGCGCCUGGCGGAGCUCCUGUAUCGUCCGUCCUUUGCCGCUCGCGAUUCGAAACUAAGGGCACAUGGCGCACCGCGGCUCGUCGCAGAGUACGGCAAGGGUCAGCAGCGACUGGUAGCCAAGCUGCACGCCGACCUCGUUGCGCCGGCGGAUAGAAUGCCGCGCGUCGUAAGGCUGUCAGGGCAUCAGCUGGUUGUGGUCGGCGUGGGGAAUGCUACCACGCAUCCGCUGACGCGGCAUUCGAUCGGGCAGGUGGUGCUGGACCCGCUGCUCGCACGACUCGUCGCGCACGAUGCGCAGAUUCGACGGCAUCUCGCCCAGGCGCGCGAGCGUUUGGAACAAGAGCGCGCCGAAGCGCUCGCCUCGGGCCGUAUCGAUCCGCAAGCUCGUCCCGACUGGGCGCAGCCCGUACCUGCCCGGCUCCCGCUAUCUUGCGCGUCGACGGAGGGGCAAUAUCUUGACCCGAAUGACAGUGUCGCAAUGCCGUCCGAGCUGACCAAAGUCCGGGCGGGCAAGAGCGGUGGAUGGGCUGCAACGAUUCCGCUGCUCGUGCAUGCAUCCGACUGCUCAUCGGACGUGUACCAGGUCGAGGUAUCGCUGUACAAGCCGAGCCAAGCGAUGAACCUGUCUGGCGUAGGUCUGCGCGCAUUCCUCACCGCGCACCAUCCCAAUCCCACCGACGCUGCGGUCGUAGACGAUACACUGGUCCUGCAAGACGAUCUCGACGUCGACUUCGGGCUGGUCAAGGCGAAAAGCACCGGCUCGGCAAGAGGCCAUAACGGCGUGCGUGAUAUCCUUGCGCGUCUCAACGUCGCCGACACGAAACUCGCCAGGCUCAGGAUCGGAAUCGGUCGACCUCCUGCGCCCACCAAAGAAGCGCAAAACGAAUGGCUGCCCAGGGUGAGGGCGGCAAAGGCGGUGCCGGUGGAUAAGUGGGUGCUGUCAAAGCUAACAAAGGAUGAACUUGCGAGCUGUACAGCUCAGGAUGGUGAGGUGGUGGGGCAGGUGGAAAAGGCCACGUUGAAGUGGAUACAACAGCGGUGCAGCGAGCUUGGGGCAGAAGACGCCAGCGAGCAAAGACUGGCCAUGCGCAAAGACCAGUUCGGUAUCCACCGCUCCGUCUGGAUCUACUAG